AUGGGCUUGUUCUUUUUGCUCUUGGAAGUUUCGUUCCGUAGAAUGUCAGGACGGUCCUUUGCCGUGCAGCCCAUGCAUCCGAUGCACCCGACUCUUCUCACCUCCCGGCCGCCUACGGCGGCCUUGGAGGCAGCGGAGGAGGGCAAGGCGCCCCUGGUCUCCGAGUCGGACUCGGAGAAUUCCGAGGUCUCAGAAGCCCAGCGCGACUACGUGCUGCUGGGCUUCGACUUCAAGCCCUGGUUGCCACAGGUCUUCAUGACCAGCACGGUGCUGGGGUCUGCUUGCCUUUUUGGCUUCCAGCUGCCCCUUUUGUGCACCGUGCUGCAGCUCCCGAAGGUGCCCAUCUUCGCGAGCUGCGGGGUGCUGGCUGCUGCCACGUUUGCCUCGAUGGGGUAUUCGGCAGCAGCAGACCCAGGGCAAAUCGAGGACGGGGGUAAAGGACCAGCGCGGUCCCAUAAGUCAUGGCAAUACCCCCGUCCAAUCCGCAGGCACGAUCACUACUGCAAGUGGAUCAACAACGUGAUCGGCCUGAGGAAUCAUCGCCCCUUCAUCCUGAUGCUGGCGGGCUUGACUCUAACCGGCAUGUUUGGUCUGCUUGCCGACGGCUAUUUGACGGUCGUGUUCUGGCGAGAGGACCACGUUGCGACAGAGGUGGGCCUGCUAUUGCAUGCGAUGUACUCCGCCAUCCUGUUGUACAUCGUUGUGCCGAUCGUCGAAAUCCAUGCGGGGCUGAUUUCAAGGAACGAGCUGGCGCAGGAAUGGCAGCGCCGGCUCUACUGGGUGGCGAAUUGUAGCCUGGGCCUUGCAAUUCCAGCCUCCGCCAUAGACGACGUGGAAUUGUACAACGAGCUAUUCGAUUCGGGGGCCUUCUUCUACGACCCAGCCAGGAACCCGUAUGACAAUGGACUGGCUUCGAACUGUGCCAGCUUCUGGUGCACUCCACGAUGGUCAGACACGCCCGGAGAUUUCUGA